UCAGGGUGUCCGUCUGGCGCUGCCGCGUCCCGAAGCCCGCCGUUGUGGCGCCACUGGUGCUGCGGGCAGCGUCUGCGGCGGGCUGUGUGCCCGUCAGUACCGCCUCGAAGCGAAGGGAAGCUGUUCGAAUGGCCUCAGAAGGGCAAAGUAAGGAUCCAGAGCAUCCAUUUGAGCCUCCUGCAGCUGCUCUUUGGAGUAACAGAACAUUUCAAUGGGGAGCCAUACUCGCUGCAGUGAAAGAUCAGCUCCCAUCUCUGGACUCUGACACCUCCACAUCUGAUUGUGAGAGUGAUGGGGAGCUUUUCAUCUUCCAGCGGGAACAGCCAAACUUAAUUCCUGACCUGUCAGAAGAACUGAUGGAGUUUUCCCUGGAAGACUCAAACGUGCAGCAAACCCAAGAAACAGGAAGAGACCCAUGGGAGACCUGGAAUGAAGAUCUGGAAACUUCUGGCAUUCAGAAAAAAACAGAUGAAGCUCAAGUCAUUGCAAAUGCACAAAUGAUUAAAGAUGUGACUUCCAAUCUUGCCAGCCAUACUGAAGACAUUCCAAGCCAAAAGGGAACUAUUCUUGAAGAGUCUCUUGCAGAUUCCACAGAAAACCUUGAAGAGAAGGAACUAGGUGGGAAGCAGGCUGGGGAAAGAGGUAACUCUUGGCUUAAUACAGCAUUGUCUGUGGAAGACCUGGGCAGUCAAAAGGAGAGAAGGAAGCUGAUAGAGACGAAAAUACUCUCCAAGAUAAUUCUGGAGCCAUCACCAGGCCACCCAGAGCUAGAUGUCAAGCCUUCCUCCCAUGGCAUUAGUGACAGUCUAGAAAGAAUUGCUAAGGAAGAAGCCUCCCCAGAUGAUUGUCUUCAAGAACUAAACCAUUUGUCGUUGCAGAGCCUUGAGAAAUGGGAUCAACACAAGAUUCUUGAGGAGCUGGAGCAGCAGAAAGAUAAUGCUCAUGCAGAAGUUGCUUUCUUCUCAGCAGAUCAUGAGACCUUCAGGAGUAGGUCUGAAAAUCAGCUCAUGGAAAAGCUAGAAGAGCUGUGUGCCAGGCAGUCCAGGACAGUGUUUACACACUGCAGGUGGCCACCAGCCAAGCUCUCCUCCUCUCAACAACAGCAAGAGAAUAAGGAUGUUGCCUCCCUAGCAUCUUCACGAAGUUCUCUAAGGAUGGACAUGAUGAAAUUACAGUCCCUGCCAGAGCCUGUAACUGUGUACAUAGAUUUAAGAGAUGCUAAACCACAGAAGCCAGUGACAUUCCCUGAUGAGAAACAAAGCGCAAGUGACAGCUCUGCUGAAGAAGAAGAGGCUAUGACAACUAAGGACCAAGCAGAAAAGAGAAUGAGGAAUUGCUCAGGAAAAAGCCUGCUACUGCAACAACUCCAUACAGCCCGAAAAGAAGCCUCAGAGCUUCUUUGUAAAACAUCUACCCAGGCUGAAAAACUUGAAGAUGUAAAACAGGAUCCAGAAAGUCUGGAAGAGAUAGGUUCCUCUAAAAUCAGUCAAAACCAAUAUUUUAAGGUGAGGCAAGAGACAAAUAAGGUGAUUCCCAGGACACUGAUGAGAUUGAAAUCAGAGAAAAGAAAUACCCCCUUGCCCAGCCAUGGGGCCAAUGGAGCUGGCAUAGAAAAAGAAAACAAAACGGAAGCUGAGAAGGUUCAACAUUCAGAAAAUGCUCCAGAGUCUCCUCUAACUACAACAGAAUUGCCAAGGACAGAAGAAAGUAAGAGAGAGCUAUCCCAAAAGGAAGAACAGAUGAAAGAGACACACAGGAGACACAGAUUCCAGGAGCAGCUGGAGAGAUUGCAGCCUCAGCAGUCAGUAACUGGAAAGCAGCCCAUGGCAGAGAAAACCCCCGUUUUGUUCCACAUGGAAGCCUCUUAUUUGCCAGAUAUUGACACGUUGCCUAGACCACACAGUGUGAAAAACGAGGUGCUGCUUAUGACCAUUUGUCUGUCAAGUUGUGGCCAAGUAGCUACAGAUCGGUGCGGGGGGCAGGUGCUGAGAGCAGCCAAUAUCUACCAGGCCCUUGUGACGUGGCUUCUCUCUCUGGUGCCUCCUGUGAAAAUGAAAGGUGGACCCAAAGCUCCGUUUCAGGUGGUAGGGCUGCAGCAGGCCUGGCGAGAGGAUGGCUUGGCCCUAUAUGCUUGUCUCAUGCCAGCAGAUGAGUCUUCAGCCCAGAACAGCACCAAGAUCCAGAAGAUAAAAACUAACGAAGAGCUAGGAGGAACAUCCAUUUUUUACCAGAAGAUUUCUGCAUUUCUAGCCUGUACAUGGCUUCCAGAUGUUAUCUGGUGGAGGGCAGAACUGGCCAAUCACUUCCAAAACCAGCUGUGUCCACUUCUUCUUGAAAUUCCUUCUGUCCUGCUGAGUUACGUCACUGCUGUUAGUCCUGAUCCUCAGGCAGUGGAAAAGGUGUUUGCGGUACCAAACGGAUUUUACUGGCAGACAGUUGAAAGUGAUGAAAAAUACUUCCCUAAUAGCAGCAACAUCGAGGCUUGCAGAGAUAUAGACACUGAGGUUGCCAUGGUGUUGCUGUUUGAAACUCUCUUUCAAAGUCCCCUAGCUACCCAUCACAUGUUGCAGCUGGUACUCAGUUCUGGUCUGGAUAUCUGUGGACUCCGCCUGCUCUAUCCUCAGCAGGAUGUACUGCUCUCUAGCUCAGAAAAACUGCCUUCUUCCUAUACUUCAAAGACUGGUGAGGUGCCACCAGUGCUGGCAUUAAGUGUGAGAGGGCCGAAAGCACGUAGCACCUUGCAGAAUAUCAUUGGGCCAUCUGACCCGCAGCUGGCAAGCAUGACAGACUGCACUUCCAUCAAUGCCAUCUACUGCAGGAGCCAAGCGGAGCCUCUCAUCUACCUGCCCCACCUGGACAGCCGUGUGCACAGGGAGCUGUGCCUCUGGUUUGGAGGGAGGGCUGCUGAUGCAGCAGUGCAUGCUGGUGUCCUGCAGCCCGCUUCCCUAUGCGGCAACAGAGCAAGCUCUCAGAGUCCUUCAUCAACUGGGGCAGAAGCAGAUGAAGAUAAGGUUGAUCUCCAGGGCAUGGUGCUGCCUCGACCUCCAGCGAUGCUUGUCUCAACUACCAAAGGGGACAUCAUUUUGAUGGUGUCACCUGUAGUAUCUCCUCGUGCAUACGGUAAUGUGAUUUCGGUCUGUACUCAUCGGGGAUUUGUUCUUCAAGGAAUCAGACAGCUGCAGCUUUCACCCAAGCAAGGCAUUGUGCUGAGCAUGACAACAAGUCAGAUUGCUGUAUUUUGCCCUAGCAAGAUUUCAAGUUCACCUGAUACUAGUUCUGUAAGAGGGGAGCUCUCUGCUGAACCACGUAUGCACUGUCUCAUUUUGUUGCUGAGAAAGGAGAAUGCUAGUCAUCACGUUCCUGCAUUGGUAAAUGGGCUGAUGGAUGAACUGGCAAAGCAAGGCCUCCUUGGCAACAGGCAGAGCAGCCUGCCUGCUGCUGCUGGGCUGGACCCCUCCGAGUGUUUUCACAUGGCUCCUUACACCGAGACCUUGCUGCAGACACUGGGAGGAAACCUCAGUGCAGUGCCAGACUCCCGUAACAUUCCUCUGGAUCUUUUCCGCAAUCAAACUUAUGCCUCUGAUCCUGAAAUGGAGCAAGUUGUCAUGCUGACGCUGGUUGGAAUGGAUGCUAUGAAGAGUGCUGGAGAGCUCCUUCGCCAGAUCCUUCUUCCUGGGGACAAUAACCAAGAUCAGAGUGCAGAAGGACCCGAUUCGGGAUUUGAGCUCCUAGGACUCAAGUGGUUGCCCCAUCUCACUCGACGUCAGGCCAGAGAGAUAACACCUUUUGAGGUUGGAGAGGCUUCCUGGCAAAGAAGCCUUGAUACACUAAUGUCAAAUCCAGUCCUUGUGUGUGCAUUACGGCGGAUCAAUGCCUUCAAAGUUCUUGCAGAUGCAUUGAAGAGAUUAACACGAUGCAGGGAGAAGCUAAACAAAAGUGAUGGUCUUCUACAGACAGUAAUGGCCUUGACCCCAGAGGUGACAUUCAGACAAGCAGUCCUCUUCUUCACAGAGACAGAUUUUGUGACUGAUGGAGAACACUGCCCUGCUAUGAAAUACCUGCCACCACCUGGCAAGAGGUCCAGGGCUGAAGUGGGGCAGAGCCAGAGAUGCCAUGCAGAAUCACUGUUUACCUUCUUGCAAACAGGAGCCCAGAUUCUUUGCACAGUGCUGCUGAUCAAACCUGGUGCCUGGAGCCAUAGUCUUGCAAGGAUCCUCCGAAAACUAGACCUAGAAAAAUUCAGCGUGGUUGGGAUGAAACACAUAAACCUGGAACCAGACAUUGCCUUAGGACUCCUUUCUUCUGAAGUGAAACAGGAUCCUGCUGUCUUAGAAGCUCAUUGUACCUACCUUACUUCAGGCACUGCUCUUGUGCUGUGUCUUCAGAGGCCAAAUGCUGUGAAGAAGCUGAUAGAUUUGCUGGGGCCAGAGGAUCCUAAACUAGCCCAAGCACUAGAUCCGUUCCUCUGGAGGGCUCAGUAUGGCAUCAGCGCAGUCCAAAAUGGAUUUUAUGGCUCCAAAUCCUAUCAAAUAGCUGUCCGGGAUAUGAAGCUGUUUUUCCCAGAAGGGCUGUGCUGCACCGAGUGUCAGACAUUAGAGGAGGAAGAGAUCUAUAACCUGGAACGUGACCCCAUAGUCAGUUCAGAAAUCAACAAGCAGCGCAAGAUCAUAAAACGUGAAGCAGGAGGGCAACUCAAUUUAUUGGCCUCUGAGCAACCAUGCAGUCUUGAUCGGCCAUUGCUUGAUAACCUCUGCCAAACCACUUGCCUCGUAUUGCCUGGGAUAAUCCUUCGGGGUUCAGAGCACCCACCUUAUGUCGAACUGCUCGAUCAGCUUAUUGGCAAAGAUUUCACAGUGACUGGAGUACGCCUCACUGUCCUGGAUGCACCACAAGCUCACUGCAUCUCUGAGAUACUAAGCAGAGCAAAGUGCAGUGUUGCAGCAAAGUGCUCCCUCUUAAUGGACGGUUUGUGUCUGGUGCUAGCGACACAGCGAGACGGUGCGGUCAUUUGCUUCGACUCCCUGCUGGACAGCAUCUGUUGGCAGAAGCAGUCAGUCCUGGACACUGCGCAGCAUCUCCUUUAUCCCCAAAAUGAGAAACAGGCUGAAGAGCUGCUAUGUUGCCUUUUUGACUCCCUGACAUCUGAGAGCAUCCACCAAAUUGAAUCCUGUGAUUGCUAACCAAGAUGGUCAAGGCCCCCACGCAGCCCACAGGCAUCAGGAAUCUCCUGAGAUUUUUGUGAGCUUUCAAAGAUGAAGACUCUUGUCUCCAGCAAGAUCACCAAGUUUCUACAGCUGAUUAGGUUCCUCAGGUGGCUCCAACAGACCUGCAUGUGACUGCUUUGCCCAAGACCUUUCCCUGCUGUGGGUGAUGCUCUGUGUUUGCUGACUCCAGGCUGAAGAUACUCCAUCUGGCAGAGCCUGUUACACUGCUGGUGCCAUGAUGUCCUGGCUUACCUGUCUGGGGCUGAAAUCUAGGAGAUUUUCUUGCCUGCUCUGGGGAGGGAAGGAGGGAGCAUGGUGGCCUGGCCCUCCCUCCUCUCUGCCUCAGCUGGCACCCACUGAUGGGCCUGGAGAACGUGUGUAGCUUGUGCAGCACAGCUGCAGGUGCUCACAUGGCUGUGGAGCUGCGUUUCCAUGCUCUGAGCAGUGACUCUGGGUGUGGGACUCAUCUCUCCAGAGCUCUGAUGGGAGAUCCCAAGCUGUUCGUGGCUCUGCACUGAGGUGCCGAUACCCUCCCAAAGCAGCCUGGCCACUGAAUGUCCACCUGAGAGCUGUGGAGCAGCUGUUCAGACCUGCAGAGGAGGCUUUGCUGUGAACAAGUGGCUCCCAAGAAUGGCUGUGGAUUGUCUCCAAUUUAAAGCUGGGUAAUGACUUGGAGCUGGAUACUUCAUGCUGCUGGGACUUCACUACAAAACUAAUGUGACUGCUGUGCUGGUUGCAGUCUCUGACCCCGUGCCUGUCCUUCCGCAAGAUCCAACCUCCCUUGGGAAGUCUGGAAGCCGGCCAAGAGGAUGUUCAGUUCCUGAUCUGUGAGCAGACAGAGAAUCCUGCUCUGCUUCAUCCAGCUAGAGCUGAUGCUGAGUGGAGUGCCCCUGGGUCCUGCAGAGCUGCCCCUCUCCCCCAGAAGGAGAUACCCAAACACAUGGACCAAAACUUACUGCACAGUGGUGCUAUGAUGUAAAUUAAAAGACCACCAAGAAGCUCCUGACCACUGAACUACCACUGUCUUCUGGGUAUCUGCUGCUGAACUUCUCAGACAACCGUGUGCUGUAUUCUGAUGCCUGGCCUCCAGAGUCUCUUGGCUAGUAUGUCUGACAGCCUCCAAAUACUGAAGUCCACCUGGACUUGAAGCCAAGCAAGUGUUGCAGGCAUCCUGUGGGUCAGGCGGUUGGUCCUGCCACAUACAGGUUAUCCUGGACAGCUUCUGAGCAAUGCCUGUGAGGGCAAACAUGACUGAGGAGCUCUGCAGAGCAAGCCACCCUACUUCUCUGGCCGAAGUAAGUAGGACUUGGAAACUAGACCUUGGCCCUUGGGAAAGGGUUGUUGCAGUGCUCCUCAAACCAGCCUGGGAAAGGGUCAGUCCCUUGAGCGACUGCAGACAUGUCACAAGCUGGGGCAAGUCCGGCAGAGGCUGAGGGAGCUGGACCUUCGUUUGUCUGGAGAAGAGGAGGUUGAGGGAGGGGGUCUAAAUCACCAUCUGGGAGCAGAGAAGAUCGGAGGUGCAAAGCAGAAGGAUGAAGCGGUGAAGCUUCAGCAAGGGAAGUGCUGAUGAGCACAAGGAGAAGCUCCUCAGGAGGAGGGUGGUGCAGCCCUGGGAGAGGGACCCAAGGCCCGCCUCAGUGGUUGCCCUGCUCCAAGCAGCGUCCCAUUGCCCCUCCUGCCCCUGCUCCGUGACCAGGACGGGUGCCCUCUCAUGGGGGUGACUACACUUCAGGUGGGACCUGCCUGUCCAUUAUAAACUGGCCUCGCUUUGGUAUGGGCUCCUGACCCAGCUCCGGCCCUGGACGCACAAAGGUGACCCAAAUUCCUCUGCCCUCAUGCUGGGGCGGAGGGGGGGAUGAUUGUAACUCAAACCCCCUUAAAGCAGCGGAGGGAUGAGGCAAUCCUCCUGUCUCGCCUGCAGCCUUAGCUCCUAAAGUUUCUUUCUGGUGUGGUGUCUUUGGGGCUGCAAGGUGCUUAACAUCCAUCUUAAGUAUGUUCCAGACAUGUUCUGGAUGCCUUGAAGCCCCUGAGGUGUUACAGAUGGCCUACAAGUUGGGCUCCAUUAGCGGUUGAUUCACUGUUUAUUAAAGCCGCUAUUAAUCUUGUGUUAAUGCUUUCCGAAGGAGACCUUUCUGGAGGUACAGCAGCCUCUCAGGAGAGGAGCUUCCUUUCUCCCCAGCCCAGUGCCGCCGAUGUCAGCGAGGGUUUAGCUCAGGAUCUCGUCGGGCUCAGAGCCGAGGUCCUGUGAGGCUACUGACAGCGAGAGCCGCCCGUGGUGAUGCUCUAAUUACCGUGGGGUAACGAUGCUCCUGGGGACCCCGGCAGCUCUGCUGCCUCAAAAGCUGGGGUGACUGGGGGAGCGGGGUCUGCGCUCCCAGAGCCCACCCUGUCCCCCCCAGCGAGGACAGGAGGGGUUUGGGGGACAGCCUGGGGACACUGUCUAGCAGAGGGAUGCUCUGCCAGCCGGGACCCAGCGAAGCCGGAGCAGGCAGGAGCUGCCGCUUUGCGGCUGGGGGAGCAACCCUCCCGCAGCGGCGCGAGGCGUGCGGUGGCUCGGUUACGGCACGCGCUGCCUGGCUGCAGGGGGGGUUUGAACAGGCAGAUCCUCGUGUGAGAAGCAAAAGCCUCUCCUGCUAGCCCUGUGGCUUGCAGAGGGGUGUGAGGGACGGGCUAAAUUAGGAGGAGCGUGGACCAGCGCUUAGGAGCCAGUGUAAAACCCUCAGCCGUGGGCUUGGGGUGCUGCCUGUGGCACCCGGAGUCUGAGG